AUGCCAGAUUGCUUUCUUACUAUUUGGAAACCAAGCGAUGAGAUUCUAGAAAUGUUGAAUGAAGGAAACCUGCUGAGAAUUUAUCAUCUUACGGCAUCUCCUAAUAGAUUUCAAAAUACAUCCAGCAGUGCUCAGCUUUCUACAACUCGUAUAACAAAAUUUAUUCCUAUAACAACUUAUCGAGUUGCAAUUGAACGUCUUUACAUCGAACGUCAGGUCUAUCAAGUUGGUAAUGUCAAAUCGAAAUUUACUUCAAUGCCUUUUGAUGAGUUCGAUUGUGUCGGGAUUGUAGUCUAUGUAGAUUUCAAUUGUGAAUCAGCAUUAACUCGAUUAGUAGAUUCAGUAUAUUUGGCUGAUAAAGACUGCAAUCUCCUUUGCAUACGAUUUGUCAACGGGUUGAAGCAUUAUGCUGUUGACGAUUUGUUAACCGUUGGUAUGGCUGUUUCGAUAUGCAAUCUGCAAACGAAGCCGCGAAUGUCUCUAGCUGUACCCAUAGCAACAGCAACAGAACUUACAAAAGUAUCUCAAAACUUAGACAAGGAUACUGGAUCUGCCUUUGAGAUUUUAUUAAACAACCUACCAGAUAAGCAAUGGCUUCUUAGUAAAACUAUGGAUAUGAUUAGGUCGUUACGCAUACAGGAAAAUAAUCUCAAUUUCGCGAACGAAGGCUUGGCAUUGCAAACGAAAAAUAAGCCUCCAGCUUCGGCAAAGAAAAAGAAAGCCCAUCGACAGAUUCCAUUACAAUCAUCUAAUCAACAAGAUUUUCAGUUGCGAUUGCGCCAUUACUUCCGUGUCUUAUCUGAUAUGUAUAAAUGA